GCACUUGCCAGCUGGGUCUGCUCUCAUCUGGAAAACGUCAAAUCACGCCUGCGAGACCGAGCGGUGAACCUCCAGAUCCCUCCCGGGGCUGCAGAGCAGAUGCCUGAAACAGGAUUCAUCGAAUCCUGCCUCAUCUGACGGCCGCUUCCCCUUAACUAUGAAAAGGCACAAGACCCCGUUCCUGCAUCAGGGCCUCUCGGUGUCCCAGUUUGGUGUCAUCUUCAAACUUCCUUAGUAUAUCUUCAAGUCCUGUAUCCAAGUAAUUGAUGAAAACACUGAAGAGAAGUGCCCCUAAAAAGAAGCCCUGAGGAACCCCACCAGUGACUGCCUGUCAGCCCAAUCAGUUUCAUGUCCCAGCAAAAGUUGGUAAGCAUGGCUGAGGAGAAUAAAGCCUUUGCAGAUGAAAUGAAUAAAGCACUGGCAAAGUCUGAAGGGUUUACCCUGAAGGACCUGCUGUUCUCCUACCGGGGGACUCCUUAUCCAGUCACAGUGUGCAGUGCAGAGACGUUCCAAGCCCUGGAGAACCUGGAAGCCAGAAGAGAUGAUAUGGUGCUGGUGUCUUACCCCAAAUGCGGUGUGAAUUGGCUUAUCCAGAUUUUAAACGAUUUGAUAUUUACAACUAUUCAGAGUAAACCUGUAAGCGCAGAGCUACCAUUUAUUGAAUGUGGAGAUCCAGAUAAAUAUCAGAGGAUGAAGCAGAUUCCAUCUCCAAGGAUUUUGGCAACACAUCUGAAUUAUGAUUUCCUCCCCAAGUCUAUUUUCAAGAGCAAAGCCAAGAUACUAGUGUUGUUUCGAAACCCUAAAGAUACAGCUGUUUCAUUUUUCCAUUUCCACAAGAAUGUGCCAAGUGUCCCCAGUUACAACUCCUGGGAUGAGUUCUUCUCCGAGUUCAUGAAUGGGAAAGUUGGCUGGGGAUCUUAUUUUGACCAUGCAGUCACCUGGAACAAACACAUUGAGGAUGAGAACACUAUGAUUGUAAUAUAUGAAGACCUGAAAGAGAAUCUGACUUCUGGUGUAAAGCAAAUAGCAGAAUUCUUUGGAUUCUCCCCAACAGCAGAGCAGAUCCAGUCCAUUGCAGACAGGGCUACUUUCCAGGCAGUGAAGAACAAGGCUCAGGAGACUCAUGGUGCUGUUGGCACAGUUCUUUUCCGCAAAGGUGUUGUUGGAGACUGGAAAAAUCUUUUCACUGAAGCUCAGAAUCAGGAAAUGGAUGCCAAAUUCAAAGCGUGCUUAGAAGGAACCAAGCUGGGAGCAAAGCUAAAAUAUGAUGUGUACUGCAAGGCCUGAGCUUCCGUUAUGGAGAAGUCUGGGCUGCUUUUCGUUCACUUUCAUGUAAUCAAAGAGAAAUUGGAACAAUAUCUGAUCUGAAAUUUUUGAAAAUCGGUGUAAUUUGCAAAUGUGUUUGUGCUGUCUUGCACAAGCAAUCCUCGCUUAUACAGUUAUAGUGUCACUGACUUGACUGGUUUCUCUUGUUUUUUAAAACUGAUUUUUAGCCCUGAUUCUAUGUAAAAUUUAUAUGCAGUAGUUGAACCUACUGAAAUCACUCAAAAUGUGUUUGGUAGGUUGGAAGUGAUCUUCCAAGAGAUUUUUUAAACCAAUCAUGAGGUGCUUUCUUGAUUUUCAGAUUUGGAAAUGUGUAGUAUUUCAGUUUAAAAUGAAAUUUCAAAAGGUUAUUUUGUUGCUGUUGUUACCACUUUCUCUGUAAGGUAGAAAGUUUCUAACCCUUUUGGCAUGAAUAUUUUUCAUUCUUUUGUUAGUGGAAGUUCUAAUCCUGAGCAAUUGAAGGAAUUGCCUGGGGCAGAAGCUGCUCAUGGAGGUUGGAGUGAAGACUGAAGAGAAAAGUAGAACACACAAAACCAAACCAAACCAAAUCAGAAUGAACUGUGUUAAUACCAAACAAGAGAAGUUGAUUAAGCUUUUCAAACUAAUCCCAAGAUUCGUUUUCCAUAUAAGUGUUCCUCGUGUAUUUGCCUCAGCUGUAAUAGGUCCUUCUGGAACAGUAGGUUAGUGUCAUUGCUAAGAAAUACAUUAAAGGAAUUUCAAAUAUAUAAAAGGAAAUUCAAAAGGCUCUGAUUGAGGAUGAUGUUGAAAAAUGUAUACCAGCCUCUAGUAAAGUAGGUUGCAUGAAUUACUUGACCAACAAUAGCCAGUCUAUAUGCUUAAACUGCCAUCUUUCUCCAUUUAAGAUUUUACUGAAGUAUUCCAGGACAGUUCAAGAGAAAAUCCUAUAUCAAGAUGCUAAAUAGACUACUCUUACGUUUUUACACCUUUAGAUCAGCAAGGUUAUUUAAGCUAAGGUUGUUUAGCCAUAUGAAGUAAUAUUUUAUAGAUGACAUUCUUACAUUCUUAAUCUGCAGACACUUCUUGGCACAUACACACUCAGUGAUUACAAGGUAAGAAUGAGCAUUAAAGCGUGUUGAAUAUAAGACUGUUGAGUGUGAGGAGCAGAUGAUUUGUUUGCAGCUUUCUGCGUGUUUUAGUUUCUGUUCUGUUAAAAUGAAAGCACAGAUGAAAAAUGUAAUGUCACUAGAGAAAGGGAGAAUUUUUACCUUCCUCAAACAAUUCAGAAUGGAAAAGCACUGUGAAAUGCUUUCAGAUGGUGGCAUUGAAGGUCAAACCCAAUAGCCCAUAGUGUUUAUGGCUUUUGACAGCAACUGAACAAAACAAAAACAAAAAUCAAACCCAACAGAAAAAUUAAAUUCCUCAUUGUGGAAAUUCACCAGUCAUAUAUUCUUUCAGACAUACACACAGACAACGGUUUUGGUUUUACAUUUUCCAUUUAUAUUUUGUAUUUUAUAUAUGCGUUCCCUUUUAUACUUACUAUUAUGGAACGUAGUAGUAAAACUUUAAGUGAUAUUUUUAACACGUUAAAGAAUAUGUUGGAUCAUUUGCCUUUCAAAGAAGAAAAUUUUCACUCCCUGACUGCAGGCUUUUAUUUUAUUUUAUUAUUUUAUUUUUUUAAUUGGUGACUUGUUCUGCACUUAAAUUUUUUAGCAGUUGUAAGUAUUUAUGGUAUCUAUAUUAUGGUAACUGGUAAAUGCUACUCUAUUAGUACUUUCGUCAUCUCCAUUUCCCUUAUGAGCUGCUUAGUAACAAUCAUAAAGCAGGAAAAUAUAUUAAAAUGAUUUUGAAAAAGAGAAGUUGAAGGUCUUCUUGGAAAAGAGAAGCAUAAAUGUAUCUUCCUAAUGCAAGAGAUAGCUCCCUUGUGUGUGUUCAGGGUGUCAAUAACCCAACAGAAAAGGAGAAGAAUUCUGGUACUCAAUUGUAAUAAAGGUACAACGGGAUCAAAGCAGA